UGCUACAGCCUAAGCCUGCUACGGCCCUUGAUCAGCAGCUAUCCAAGCAGUCGUAGCGGCUGUGCAUGCAUUGCUCGGAUGAGGAACACUCUUCAAUGUUCAUCUUUCAAGUUGUGGAAGAGUUACAUAAGGAGGCAAGCAUAGAUCAGUUUUACGUCCUUCACGCUGUUCAGCAGCACCUCUUUCUCACACCAUUGGGUGCUAAUCCGCUACACGCAUAUUCAAAAUAGACGCCUCAUGCAGUGCCGUGAGCUUCUGAGAAGCAGCAGCCAAAGUUGCACUCUGCUUCGUACCUCUCAGGUCUUGAAGCCAUCGUAUAUGCUCUCUCGUUUGACAAUCUGGAAAUCUGCAAAGUCUACAAGGUCGGCAUUCAGAGCGAUGGCAACUCAAAGCACAGAGCAAAAUUCAGGACCUGGAAAGUUGUCUCUACACAAGGAUGAGAAGGGGUUGCUCUACACCAAGUUGAACACAGGCGCUGUGCUCCCCGCCAUAGGCUAUGGUGUUGGUGGAGUCUCCUGGUCCCGGUCAGGGGACGCCAAAGCCAAGAAGCUGGAGGAGUGCAUCGAGGUGGCAGUCCGCUCAGGCUGUCGGCACAUUGAUACAGCUGCCAUCUAUGGAACUGAGCCACAGGUCGGGAACGCUGUUGCGAAACUCAUCAAGGAAGGCGUGGUAACUAGAGAGGAACUGUUCAUCACGACGAAGCUGUGGCACGAGCGGCACGGGCGGGAGAAUGUGCGGCCGGCCCUGCUGGAGUCACUCGCGAAGCUGAACAUGGACUAUGUGGACCUCUACCUCGUGCACACGCCUUUCUCGACGGUCCCGCUGCACGAAACUUGGGAGGGCAUGGAGGAGAUUCACAUGGAGGGCCUCGCGAAAGCGAUUGGAAUCAGCAACUUUUCUCUCAAGAAGCUCGGCGAUCUGCUGCCACGUGUCAGCAUCCGGCCCGCCGUCCAUCAGAUUGAGGUCCACCCGGGCUGGCGCAACGACGAUCUUAUUAGCCACGCGCACGCCAACGGGAUUGUCCCGACCGCGUACUUUCCACUGGGCGGGGCGCGGCCCGAAUUCGAAAAGCUGUGGGAGAACGAGACCGUGAAGCAGAUUGCUCAGAAGGUUAGCAAGAACCCCGGGCAGGUGCUGCUGCGGUGGGGCCUCCAACACGGCUGCGUCGUGCUGCCGACAAGUGAAAACCCGGAGCGAAUCAAGGGCAACCUGGAUGUUGCUGACUGGUCACUUUCCGAGGAGGAUUACGACGCCCUCUGCCGGAUCUCGCCGCAGAAGAAGCGUAUAACCUUCCAAAACAUGCUUUCAGACAACGGACCGUUCAAGUCUUUUGAUGACCUGUGGGACGAAAAGUUGGAGAAAGUUAACGGGCGCAUGUAGGCGGCAUGAAGGGGUGCAGAAUCCAAGCGAACACAAGUAAUACGCCGUUCAGGGGCAACAUUACGUAAUGAGGUUGAGCUCCUCAGAAUUAAAAGAAAGGGCUGCAGUAUAGUGUAGUAGCAUCCUCAAUAUUAUGAGCGCAGCGCGAGAAAGUGAAGGUAUGCAAAGAGAGGUCAUGUUCAUCGGAAUGAGACACGCGAGCAAGAUAUGCAGACAGGACAGACUUAGCUUCACACUGAUCAUGGCUGGCUAGAUAAUGUUUCCAGAGUUUACAAUGAAGGGUGAUGCAGGCUCCUGAACAGCCUCCUCUCC